AUGAGCGUCCUUCCGCCUGCCGAAACGCUUCAGUCGGUGGUCUUGCACACGCUCGACCAGCGCGGCACCAUCCCCGACACCCGCUCGCUCGCCCUCGCCCUCCCCGCCGGUGUCGACACUUCGGCACAGCUUCCUCAGCUCGACGCACCCGAGGCCGCUGUCGUGGGCCCCAGCGUGGACAACCAGAAUGCCUUGAAGGCAGUGCUCGACUCGCUGGCUGCCCGUGAGAUGGUCACUUUCCGCCAGGUCAACGUCGACCAGCACGUCCUGACCUCCGAAGGCAGUCAAAUCGCCCAGUCCGGCUCUCACGAGUAUCGCGUCUGGUCCGCCUUGCCGCCUCCCGCUUCCGAGACUGGCUUGACGGCCAAGGAGAUUGAGGCAAAAGUUGGAAAGGACACGGCAAAGGUUGGGCAGGGAAAGGCGAUGAAGAACAAGUGGGUUGUCAAGAAGGGCGAUGGGUUCCUCCAGGCGGUCGCAUCGGUAGACGACGUGACGCAGAAGGACUUGCUGGCGAUUCAGAGCAGCGGCGCACACUCGGACGAGAAGCUGUUGGCGGAGUUGCGGAAGCGCAAGCUGAUUGAGAAGAAGAAGACGUUCUACUACUCUGUCGAGAAGGGGCCGAACUUCGCGACAACAGUCGCCAAGCUGGAGACGGACUUGACGGUGGAGUUGCUGAGCUCUGGAGCAUGGGAGCAGGCGAGCUUCAAGAAGUACAACUUCGAGGCGGAGGGUGCACCAACGUUUGGCGGCGCGCUGCAUCCGCUUAUGAAGGUCCGCGAGGAGUUCCGCAACAUCUUCUUCGAGAUGGGCUUCACCGAGAUGCCCACAAACCGUUUCGUCGAGUCGUCGUUCUGGAAUUUCGACACCCUCUACGUCCCUCAGCAGCACCCUGCACGAGAAAUGCAGGACACCUUCUACGUCAAGGACCCCGUCGAGUCGACCGGUUUCCCCGGAGACUACUACGAGCGUGUCAAGCGGGUGCACGAGGUCGGAGAUUACGGCUCGACCGGCUACCGCUACCCGUUCUCGAAGGAGGAGACGUCGCGCCUCGUCCUUCGCACGCACACCACUUCCGUCUCUUCCGCCCAGCUCUAUCAGCUCGCCAACCAGCCUGGAGGCUUCAAGCCCGCCAAGAUGUUCUCGAUCGACCGCGUUUUCCGUAACGAGGCUGUCGACAUGACCCACUUGGCCGAGUUCCACCAGGUCGAGGGCGUUGUCGCCGACUACAACCUCACCUUGGCGGACCUCAUCGGCUUCAUGGAGGUCUUCUUCUCGAAGAUGGGCGUCAAGAACCUUCGCUUCAAGCCGGCGUACAAUCCCUACACGGAGCCGUCCCUCGAGAUCUUCUCUUGGCACGAGGGACUCGGCAAGUGGGUCGAGAUCGGAAACUCGGGCAUGUUCCGGCCGGAGAUGCUCGAAACGAUGGGCUUGCCGGCGGACGUGCGGGUGCUCGGAUUUGGCCUGAGUUUGGAGCGACCUACCAUGAUUCGCUACGGUAUCUCCAACAUCCGCGACUUGCUCGGCCACAAGGUGCCUCUGGAGAUGAUCGAGAAGUCGGCGGCCGUGCGUUUCUAG